AUGAUGCAGAGGCUAGAAUUGGCCACUGCCAGCUCGAGCCUUGGGAAGCCCCAAGGCGGGCACCGCAUCGAGACAAUAUUGCAGGCCGCCGCAGAAAAUGGCAUCAAGGGCAUCGAAAUCUGCUAUGAAGCGUUACUUCAUCACGCCGCGAGAAACGGAGUACCUCAGGAGGUGGUCAGCGAGCUCUCCAUAAUUCAAGCUGCCGAGGAUAUCAAAAAGCAAUGUGAUGCUCUCGGCCUCGUUGCCAUUGUUUUGCAACCAUUCGACUCCUACGAAGGGCUUCUCGACAAUGAGGCACACAGUCGCGCUAUUCGUAGAUGGUCGCAUUGGCUCGUCCUCGCCCACACACUUGGCUGCGACAUGAUCCAGAUGCCUUCCAACUUCAUGCUCUCGGGCACGACUGGAGACUUCGACAGAGUCGUUGCCGACUUGGUCCAAGUCGCCGACCUAGCCCUCCGCGUAUCUCCACCUGUCCGCAUAGCAUACGAGAGCGUUGCAUGGGGCACUCAUUUCGAUCUAUGGGAGCAGAGCUGGGACCUCGUCAAAGCGGUCGACAGGCCUAACUUUGGGCUCUGCUUGGACACUUUCCACAUUGCUGGCCGGGUCUGGGGUGAUCCUUCGGCCGCCGAGGGGAAAAAUUCAAAUGCGGAUGCAGAGCUCGCUGCUUCUCUGUUGCGCCUUGUACGCAACGUUGACCAGACCAAGGUGUUCUAUGUUCAGCUAUCUGAUGCGGAGAAGCUGUCGAAGCCGCUGGUGGCAGGUCAUCCUCUCUAUGUGGAAGGCCAGCCAUGUCGAAUGACGUGGUCACGAGCUGCGAGGCUUUUCCCAUGUGAAGAGCAUUUUGGAGGAUACCUGCCAGUCCUGGAUGUCGUGCAUGCGAUUGUUAAUGAACUGGGCUAUCGUGGAUGGAUUAGCAUGGAGACUUUCUCGCGACACCUCUGGGAAUCAAAUCCAAAUAUCCCAAGCAAUUAUGCUAGACGCACUGCAUUGUCAUACCAAUUAGUGUACGAGAAGCUGGGCUGGGAAAAGUUGCUAGAUGGAACUGGGGCUUGA